AUGCCUCUAGAACUCCGCGAUGUCGAUUUCAGCGAUGGCGCGACCAUCUCCCACGUGUACAUCAGCGCAUUCUACGACGAUCUCUUCAACAAGACCCAGUUCCCUGGCGUGUCGUUCGAGAAGCUCCUGGCCGGCGCCACAUACAGGUGGCCGCGCAACUACUGCGACCCGUCCGCACAUUACAAGAAGGUCGUCGAUACUGAUACGGGAGAGACUGUGAGCUACUCCAAAUGGGAGUUCGUGAAUAGCACCGCCGGGGACCAGUUGAGGCGCACCGGCGUCCCCGACGGCCUCGUCGCCGAGCGCCCGUGUACCCCCGAGGGCUUGGACGAUGCCUACGCGACCGAGUUCUCGGCGAAGGUCCGGACCAUCUACCACAGGCACAUGGACGGCCGUCCGCACAUGCGCCUCAAGAUGAUGGGCACCCUGGCGUCGCAUCGCCGCCGCGGCGCCGCCGGCCUUCAGCUGCGAUGGGCGACGGACCUGGCAGACCGCGAGGGCCUGGCUUGCUGGACCGAGGCUUCGCCCGCCGGCCUGCCGGUGUACGAGGCAUUUGGGUUUGAGACCAAGGACGCGGUGGUUUCCAAGUUGGCUGAGAGCAUCGGCGGGGGACUGUACACAUCUACGUGCGUGUUGAGGGAGCCUAGGCGGAACUUGGGCUCCUGA